UCGUGCACUUAUGCGCGUGAGCUAUGCUAAUGAGUGAUCUUCAGCGUCGUGAUCAAGUGUCUACACAGCAUCGCCAAUUAACGGACUCUUGAUCGAUUUUCAUCUGAUUUUUGAGCUACAUACACCCCAAAGGCUCUUUUCAGAGCCAAGGCCCAUAUUACACAGCGUCUUUGCCUUUGUACAAGGAGAGGAGAACGCUCGUGCUGCUGGAGAAGAGCCACUUCACUGGCAGAGUCAUAGCAGAGGCAAUGUUCAGCCCCACUCAUAAUCCAGAUCCUGUCGAGUUUACAGCUCCAACUCAGUGACAAACAGGGAGCAGCCUGUAGCCCACCCAACCUUCCAUCAAAGGAGCAAGCCUAUGUCAGUAAGAAGAAAGCUGGCCCACCCUCCCACCCCUUGUUUAACUGCUCCAGCCCAUCCCACAUCAUCGUAUAGUGAAGAGGCGGCAGUUCAUAUUCAAGAGGCGCCGGGACUGGAGGAUUGGAGGACUGAAGGCUUUCCUGACUUGACACCGGAUAAUAACGGCCUGUGUGCUUUGCAGCAGCCUCCACGCCACCCUCUUCCAGGGAUCCUUCAGAGGACUAGCGAUUUGCCACAAGAUGAUUGGCAGCAAGACACACCAAGUGAUGAAGGGAUGUUCUCUCCUGAAUUGUCUGUGAACACCAACAUGCCGCAGUGUCAUGAAACCCCUCUAUCCCGUCCAGGCCUUCCACACAGGACCCCUCAAAGUCAAAGAUUUGCCAGAUCAGCUCCUGCUGGAUGCACAGCUGUUGAAAGGCUCCUUUUGGAGCAGGUCGGAGAACUGCAGCUUAAAAUGGAUCAUGUAAUCAAACUACUUCAAAAAAACAAUUCGAUUCCUCAUGAAGAUUUUAAUUUGAACAUGCUACCACUGCUCACGCUGCAAGACCUGGAGAAUUUUGAAGACAAACUUCGGACCGACAGCACCUUUAAGAAGAAAGUGAUAACUAAACUGUCAUUGUCUGGUGGCAAGAAUUUAAAGGAAACAGUUUGGAGAGUCUGCACUAAAAUAUUUGAACAGAAUCUUGCAACUCAGCUGAACUGGUGCGGUAGGGGUCAGAAGACAGGCCUUAAAUCACGGCCUAUUCAUCAGGUACUCCUGAGUGCUGUGUUAAGAAAUCCUGCCCAACAAAAUUCCACUGAGGCAGAUGUAGAGAUGGCUGUAAGAAACUGGCUGCGGCUGAGCAGGGACAGGAAUGGGGGGCGGCAAAGGCGGGGCGAGCAAGCAUUUUAAAGUGAAAAAAUUGAUUGGGCUGAUUUUUCUUGAUUAACUAUUUUGGA